AGCAGGACAGAAGGAAGGUGAUGCUCUUCUAAAAUGGAAGACCAGUCUUGAUGAUCAAAGUCAAUCUUUCCUCUCUUCUUGGAAUGGAAAUGGCCCUUGUGACUGGAUCGGGAUCAUUUGUGACAAGUCUACAAGUGUCAGCCAUUUGAACCUUUCAAGUUCUGGUUUGAAAGUCUUACUGGUUUCAUUCCUGCAGAGAUGAACAAUCUUACAAAUUUGAAAUUAUUUGAAAUCAGUCAAAACUACUUGACUGGCCAUUUACCACAACAGGUGUGCCAUGGUGGAGUACUUGAAAAUUUUACUGCAGAUAACAACUAUUUCACAGGUCCACUCCCUAAGAGCUUGAAGAACUGUACCAGCUUGUACAGACUUCGGCUUGAACACAACCAACUCACAGGAAAUAUAUCUGAAGAUUUAGGUAUAUUAUACCUGAACUUGAAUUAUCUUGAUCUGAGUGGUAAUAAAUUGAUUGGGGAGCUAUCAUCAGAAUGGGGUCAAUGUCACAAUCUAACAAGUCUAAGGCUCUCGAACAAUAAUAUAUCCGGUGAGAUACCUUCAGAACUUGGAAAGGCGACUCAGCUACGAGUAUGCGAUCUUUCUUCGAAUCAUCUAACCGGGGACAUUCCAAAGGAACUGGGACAGCUGACAUUCUUGUUCAACCUCACGCUGAAUGAUAAUCAUCUGUCGGGCAGUAUUCCUCCGGAACUCGAAAUGUUGUCUGCACUUGCCGGUCUUAACUUGGCUGCAAACAACUUAAAUGGCUCCAUUCCACGAUGGUUGAGAAAGUUCAAGACACUCUUGGAAAUAAAUCUGAGUGCCAAUGGAUUCAGUGGAAGAAUUCCUUAUGAGGUUGGUAGCUUUUCUUUUCUUGAAGUUCUUGAUCUCAGUAACAAUUUGUUGAUCGGUAAAAUACCGGAGCAAGUUGGGAACUUGAAAUCUUUAGAAAAGCUGAACCUCUCUCACAAUAAGCUCUUCGGUCGCAUUCCCUCAACUUUUGAUGGUAUGUUAAGCUUAACAUCUGUUGAUAUAUCCUACAAUCAGUUGGAGGGUCCUCUUCCACACAUCAAGGCCUUUCGAGAGGCUUCAUUCGAGGCCUUAGUAAACAACAAAGGCUUUUGCGGAAAUAUCACAGGUUUGGAAUCAUGUUCAUCAAAUUUAAACCAUAAUGUUGAUCAGAAGAACAAAAGUAUAAUUGUGAGUGCAACUUUAGUCCCUAUUUCUUUCACACUUCUACUUGUAUCCAUUGUCUAUGGGAUUCUUUAUUUUUCACAACGAAGAGAGAAGCAUACCGAGAACUCGCCACAGGUUGUAGUAAGUGAUAAUCUGUUUGCAGUUUGCAACUAUGAUGGGAAAAUGAUGUAUGAAAACAUUGUUGAAGCAACCGAAGAAUUCGACUCCAAAUACUGCAUUGGGGUGGGGGGAUAUGGAAGCGUUUACAAGGCACAAUUGUCUAAUGGUCAAAUGGUUGCUGUGAAAAGGCUUCACCAACUUUCAGAAGAUGGGCUGGCAGAUCGAAAAGCAUUUAACAGCGAGAUUCAGGCCUUGACCGAAAUACGCCAUCGGAAUAUUCUAAAGCUUCAUGGUUUCUGUUCCCAUCCCCGACACUCGCUUUUGGUAUACGAGUUCUUGGAAGGGGGAAGCCUGGAGAAGAUACUAAAGAGUGAUGAGAAAGCUACGGAAUUUGAUUGGAAGAAGAGGGUAAAUGUUGUUAAAGGCUUGGCAAAUGCAGUGUCGUAUAUGCACCAUGACUGCUCCCCUCCCAUAGUCCAUCGGGACAUUUCAAGCAACAAUAUUCUGCUCGAUUCAGAUUAUGUGGCUCACGUUGCAGACUUCGGCGCUGCUAGGAUUCUAAAGCCUGACUCAUCCAAUUGGACCCCAUUUGAAGGCACUUUUGGUUACUCGGCUCCAGAGCUUGCUUAUACCAUGCAAGUCAAUGAAAAAUGCGAUGUGUUUAGCUUUGGAGCGGUGACACUGGAAACACUUAUGGGAAGGCAUCCAGGAGAUCUUAUAUCUUUCAUUUCAUCAUCGUUCUCUUCACUCUCUCCAUCAUGCUCAUCGUCAUCAGCCUUGGGUCAUGUAUUACUGAAAGAUCUGUUAGACCAGCGACUUCCAUCUCCGAGGAGACAAACAGCAGCAGAACUGGUCUCCAUUGUAAAAGUAGCAUCACAUUGCUUACAUGCCAGUCCGCAAUCUAGACCGAGUAUGCAGCAAGUUUCUCAGGAGCUGUCUGAUCGGAAUCCACCUUCACUGGUGCUGUUUCACACAAUAACAUUAAGCCAAUUGCUUGAUUCCAGCAGUUAUACAUCUUAAAGGCUACACAUGGAGUUACUCCCUUUUUAUCUUGAUGCCUAUUCUGAUUCUGCAUUUCCUUUAUUUCCAUGUUCUAAUCACUUGUUCCAUUUAGCUUGUAUAAUUUC